GGAGAGGAAGAGAGAUGGAGGGAGCCGUGGACGGCGUGAUGCUGGGAAAAGGAAGCGGGACAACGCUGCCUGGCGGCGACGGCAGCGCCUGGCGGGGUCACGAACUCUGACCUUUCACAAGAAAACGCCAACUCCCCCCUUCUCUGCCCCCCCACAAACAAACAAUAACAGACGACCACUCCGCCCCCUCCUCCCGGGACACUUUUAACCCUUUCGGCGGCGCCGCCUCUUUCUCCCGGGGGAGGGGGGGCCAGUCCAGGCCCUGACGAGAGGCAGCCGCCGCCGCCGCGUCCUUUUGGCGCCAAAUCCUCAGGUUCUCUAAUGAACGUACUUCACCAUGACAACCAAUAUGGAGGUGCUGGCUCAGCAGAUAGUGGAAACACAGCAGGUGGCUGAGGUGCAAACUGUACAGACAACAUUAUCUGAAUCUCCAGUGAUGACCAGCCCCUCCCAACGCAUCCAGAUCAUCUCCACAGACUCCUCUGUAGCUUCACCACAGCGUAUUCAGAUUGUCACAGAUCAGCAAACAGGGCAGAAAAUCCAAAUAGUGACUGCAGUGGAUUCAUCCGUGUCCCCAAAGCAACAGUUUAUAUUGGCUAGUCCAGAUGGAACAGGAACAGGGAAAGUGAUCCUGGCUGCACCUGAGGCCUCUAAUGCCAAGCAACUUAUUUUUACCACGACAGAUAACAUCGUACCUGGAAGAAUACAGAUUGUGACAGACUCUGCAUCUGUGGAACGUUUGUUAGCUAAAACUGAUGUGCAGCGACCACAAGUAGUAGAAUAUUGUGUUGUCUGUGGAGACAAGGCAUCAGGUCGUCACUAUGGUGCUGUCAGUUGCGAGGGAUGCAAAGGCUUCUUUAAAAGGAGCGUGAGGAAAAAUCUGACCUAUAGUUGCCGUAGCAACCAGGAUUGUAUCAUCAAUAAACACCAUCGGAAUCGCUGCCAGUUUUGUCGGCUAAAAAAAUGUCUUGAGAUGGGCAUGAAAAUGGAAUCUGUACAGAGUGAAAGGAAGCCUUUUGAUGUGCAGAGGGAGAAACCAACUAAUUGUGCUGCUUCAACAGAAAAAAUCUAUAUCAGAAAGGAUUUGAGAAGUCCUCUAAUAGCAACUCCAACCUUUGUAGCUGAUAAAGAUGGAGCUAGAUCAACUGGUCUUCUUGAUUCAGGAAUGCUUGUAAAUAUUCAGCAGCCACUAAUACGGGAUGAUGGGACAGUGCUCCUUGCCACAGAUUCCAAGGCUGAGACAAGCCAAGGUGCCUUGGGAACACUAGCAAAUGUUGUAACGUCACUUGCCAGUCUCAAUGAGUCACUUAAUAACGGUGAUACUCCUGAAGUUCAGCAAGAAGACCAGUCUGCAAGUGAGAUAACUCGAGCAUUUGAUACUUUGGCUAAAGCACUUAAUACGACAGAUAGUGCCGCAGCUCAGAAUCUGGCAGAUGGGAUGGAUCCCACAGGUGGUGGGAAUAUUCAUGUAAUCAGUAGAGAUCAGUCUACGCCAAUCAUUGAAGUUGAAGGACCCCUACUUACAGAUACUCACGUGACAUUUAAGUUAACAAUGCCUACUCCAAUGCCAGAAUACCUGAAUGUGCAUUACAUUUGCGAGUCAGCAUCCCGGUUACUUUUCCUUUCCAUGCACUGGGCUAGAUCCAUCCCUGCUUUUCAAGCGCUAGGGCAGGAUUGUAACACAAGCCUUGUGCGUGCCUGUUGGAAUGAGUUGUUCACUUUAGGCCUUGCACAGUGCGCACAGGUGAUGAGCCUGUCGACUAUCCUGGCAGCCAUUGUCAACCACCUGCAGAACAGCAUACAGGAAGAUAAACUUUCCGGAGACCGAAUAAAGCAAGUGAUGGAACACAUCUGGAAACUUCAGGAGUUCUGUAACAGCAUGGCUAAGCUUGAUAUUGAUGGAUAUGAAUAUGCUUACCUUAAAGCUAUAGUCCUCUUUAGUCCUGAUCACCCUGGUCUAACAAGUUCUAGCCAGAUAGAAAAAUUCCAAGAAAAAGCUCAAAUGGAAUUACAAGACUAUGUUCAGAAAACAUAUCCAGAAGAUACUUACAGGCUAGCCCGUAUUUUAGUUCGCCUCCCAGCACUUAGAUUAAUGAGCUCUAGCAUUACUGAAGAACUCUUUUUUACUGGGCUCAUUGGAAAUGUUCCAAUUGAUAGCAUCAUCCCCUACAUUCUGAAAAUGGAAACAGCAGAAUAUAACGGCCAGAUAACAGGCUCCGCUUCCUAGAAGGGAUCAACACAUCUUGAUGGAUCCGAAUAAUCAUGACUCACUG